CGGGCAUCUUUGACUUCGCCACCAGCUCAUUGCGUCCACGAAACCGAAUCUGCUUCGGACCCGGUCCUGCAGUUAGCGGCCCACGACGUUAGGCAACCGGACCACUCUUGCCUUCGCGUCACGGUUUCUUCUCCCAACACCGGACUAACCACGUGCCCUCGGCGAAGCAAAGGAAGAGGGCCUCUGCACCAGAUAGGAAAGGAUAAUCGCAUUGCGAUCAAUCAUGACCAGCUCGACGACAAGCUCAGCGGCUGCCGGUGCCCUGCUGAGUCGGCAGCUGAAGGAAAUGCAGGCCGCCACGGACCUCCCUGGCAUCUCGUGUGGCCUGGUCAACGACAACAAUAUCUUCCAGUGGGAAGUGAUGCUAAUGAUUAACGAUGAUUGCAAAUACUACGGCGGAGGCAACUUCCGCGCACACCUCACCUUUCCGCCGACGUACCCACUCAUGCCCCCCAAGAUGGUCUUCCAAGCACCAAUCCCGUUCCACCCAAACAUCUACGCCAAUGGGGAACUGUGCAUCAGCAUCCUGCACCCGCCCGAGGAGGACAAGUACGGUUAUGAGGCGGCCAGCGAGCGGUGGAGCCCCGUGCAGACGCCCGAGACCAUCUUGCUGAGUGUCAUCAGCCUGUUUGAGGACCCUAAUGACGAGAGCCCCGCGAAUGUCGAGGCCGCGAGGUUGCUGCGCGAGGAGCGGGAGGGGAAGAACAAGGACUUCAGGAGGCGGUGUCGGAAGUGUGUGCGGGAGAGCUUGGGGGAGGAUUAAGGGUAGUCCCGAGGGGGCAAUGGAAGCAAAUUGAACAGCGGGGAUAAGUAAUUGCGAGGGGAGACCAACGGGAGGCUGUAUAUCCGUCUGUCCUGAUGACGAUGGGAAGCAAGAAGCAUGGCAAGGGUGAAUUCCAUGGUAUUUAUGGCCAGUAGAUACCGAGAGGAAACCAGAUAAUUAGCCACAACGAAACGGGGACCUAACCCCCCGAUAUCUAUACAGCAAACUGCCGCCCUCCCACCACAACCUCACGACACCAACCCCAAAACCAUCCCCACCUUCGAAUCCCACUCCUCAUCCCACCUCCUCCUCCCCUCCCUCACAGCCCCCUCCCUCAACCACUCCAACUCCGUUUUCCCACUCCCUUCCCCCCUCCCACCC